CAGCCGGGCAACAUCAGAUGAGGAGAAGUAGAAAGACAGACUGGUUCGUUUCCACAAGCCACAGGGUACCCUGCCCCUGACUUGAGGUGAAAAGGGCCUCCUAUAUAGAGCAUUACUCCAGGUCAGGGGUCUCCAGUGAUGGCCAAUCAACAGCCUUCUCUGACUGGAGUGACCAAUCAGAACACAGGUUCUCUAACCACAAGCCCAGCCAGUCUACAGGGUGACCAGGAAGCCGACCCCUGUGCCCGGUUAAGGUACCAAACGGCGACCAACAACCCGUCCGUAGUGAUAGAAGAUAUUGAGUAUGUAGGAUGUGAGCUAGACCCAGAUGAGGACUGUCGACCCAGGAGAGGAUGGAGUCAUGGAGUGGCUACAGGGGGAGAGAGAGACAUGGGAGGUUGGGGCAGGGAACAGCAGGGGGCCAAACAUUCAGAUACCCAGCAGGAGCAGACCAAGAGCAGGGAUCAGAAAGGAAGGCCUCCAACCCCACUGGGCAAACAAGCGCAGACGUGUGACCCCUGUGUCACCCCCGUGGACGACAACCAUCUGGGCGUGUCAGGCACCCAGUCAGAAAGUGCCAUCAACGGGGACGGGAUCGCCGGCGGGCAGAGGCUGUUCUAUGGGGCUCAUGUGGGCAGCGAGACACGGAAUGUGGAGUUCAAGAGAGGCGGAGGAGAGUACCUGCACUCCUUGUUCCGAGCCCACCUGCGACGCUACGCCUGUGCCUUCCUGAACAGCGGAGGGGGCAGCCUGCUGGUGGGGGUGGACGAUGACGGCGUGGUGAGGGGGAUACGCUGUAACCACAAACAGGAAGACCGAGCGCGGCUGCUGGUGGACUCCAUCCUGAAGGGCUUCCACCCUGCCCUCUUACCACACUCCUACACGCUGGCCUUCUUGCCUGUGGUCAGACCGGGGCCCGAGGGCCACAAUUUGAAGGUGCUGAGGCUCACCCUGCGUCCCCCUCCAGCCUUCACCUGGCGAGACAUGUACCAAACCGACAACGGGGAUGUGUUCCUCAGGAGGGACGGCAGCGUGGAGGGGCCGCUGUCGGCCGGUGUUGUCCAGGAAUGGGCCAGGCAGAGGUGGUGUGGGGAGGUGAUUCGUCUGCAGCACUGCGUGGAGAGCUUGUUGUCUGAACAGAGACUGUUAUUGCGGGAGAUACGCCAGCAGAGCAGGGCCAUCGUUGAUCUGCAGAGCGGCCAGACUCGGUCACACGUGCGUUUACACACAGAAACUGAGCCAAGGCCACAUGUGAAGACGCCAGCAACAGGAAGCCUGAUGCAGAGGUUGAGAAAGGCCAGAGAAGUGACACCAGCCGAUCCAAAAAACCAGUCCCUCAUCCCACCCCAAAACACCGCUCUGGCUCAGGUACCCUUCACACACCCAGAACCUCCAGGAGGGACGCAUCGUGACCCGUUGUCGUCCACAGGGCCCAGUCAAUGUCCUGGACUCCCACAGUGCCCUCGGUGCCAAUUUACAGAGCGUAGAGAGAAGAAGACACAGGUUCCCAUUUCAAACAUCUGCCGACUGAUGUAAAUAAAUGGCCUUAUUCAACCUCCUACCAUCUGAAUGGCGAUAGAUCCAAUCUGCACUCCAGAUUUGCGUUUGGUCAAUAGAAACCCUACCAUAUCUCCAGCGCCUG